CUAUAUAAGCCGGUGACUGCUCUUAAACUGAUCAUUUUUUAAGAGGGAUAUUGUGCGUGACAAACACCUCACAGUUUUGUUUAAAUUCAAUCGCCGAUAUGAUUGUCUGCAACACGUGAAAUUAUUUUAUCAUUUUAAUAAUUUUUAUACUUGAUUAGUUUUAAUUUUUAAUUAAAAAGUAAGAGUAAAAAAAAAUAAAAUAAAUAAACGUGUGUUGAAUGAGAUAUCAAAUAGUGAGUGUGGUUUUAUUAAAAUUUAUUUAAAGUGUUUAAUAAAGUGUUUGAUAAAAAUUAAGUGCCAUGGCUAUUUUCAAGGUGGCAAUUACAAUAUUUUUUGUUCUUCUCAUUGGUGAAAAAUCAUUGGGUGUAUUGAACAAAGGUAUCAAUAAAAAUAUUAACAAUGAUGAAAAUAAUAAUAAUAUAAUAGAAGAUAGAAUAACACAUGAAUAUGGUCUACCACCAAAACCACAUUUUGAUGGACCAGCACCAAUUUAUGGACCACCUGAGCUAACAGGAAAUCAUGGUCAACAACAGGUAUUUCCACCACCACCACCAGAUGUACCACCCCCAUUACCAAUUGGACAUGGAUCUGGAAUUAAACAACAAUCAUUUUAUUCACCUCCACGUAAUAAUCAACAAUUUGGUCCACGUCCUCCAUUAAAACUUUCACCAUGGAAAUUGCCACAAUCACAAACUCGUUUUGUAACAAAACCAGCUGGUCAUGGGCCUCCAAUUCCAAUAUCAGUAGAAUCAUAUGGUCCACCAAAUAAUCAGCAACCACCAAAUUUUUCACGAUCACAAAAUCAGUAUGGUCCACCACCACCACCUCAGUCAUAUCCUGCUUUUUCACAAGGUCCACAAGUACCACCACCAGGUGUUCCUGCACCACCCACACCACCAGAUAUUAAAUUUGAUGGAUGGCAACCAAUUGCUGGUCACGUUGAGACACCCAGUACAUACCAACAACCUGAAGCUCAAAAUAACAAUAUAAAUAUACAAACUAAUUCGUAUAAUGAACAAAUACGUAGUCAAGAAAGCUAUAAUAAUUUAAAUAAUAACAUCAAUAAUAAUGUUAUUAAUAAUAAUAAUAAUAACAACAAUGUAAAUGUACCAAGUAAUUCAUAUGGUGAACCAAUACAUAGCCAAGAGGAUCAUAAUCUUCGACAGGCUGUUGUGCCAAAUGGUUCAGACUCAGGAUUACCACCACCACAAUUACCUGAGCAUGAACCUCUUCACAAUAUUCAAGAGCCUGCAAAGGAUAUUAAUAUACUUCCAACAACAUCUAAAACACCAACAUUCUUCACAUCAGUUGAGAAUGAAAUCUCUAAUCAUAUUAGUAAUCAGGAUGAUUUAUCAUUCAAACAACCUGAAUCUUUGUCACAAUCGGCAGGAUUAACUGAUUCAUAUGGAGCACCAUUACCACCAUCAUCAUUUUCUGCAAAUGGCCCUUAUCAACAACAAUCACAAGGUUUUUCCAGCUUUGGUGGAUCUUCAUUUAAUCAGCAAAGCUUUAAACAACAACAUCGUCAACAACAUUCCUUCAAUAAUUUUCCUCCACAACGUAAUCAACCCUCUUUCAGACCCUAUCCACCUCCUGUAGCAUUUAUUCCACCAAGAAAUCGUGCACCUCACAAAUUUCGUGAAUCAAUUCCAUCAAGUGUCUUAAAUUCAGUUCAUCGUUAUCGUCAAUUUAAUUCAGCUCCUCCUCCUCCUUCAAACUUUGGUUUUCAACAACAACCACCAACAACGAAAAAUGCAGUUACAUUCCACGCUGCUGCACCAUCAAGUUUUGAAAAUAAUCUUCCAUCAUUUGCUGCACCAAAUUUCAACUAUGGUACACCAUUGACAUUUAAAAAUUUUAACACACCCGCACCUGUAUUGACUUAUGGUGCACCAAACUUUGGACCAACUGGUUCAUUUAUAUCUCAAUCAUUUGGUGGUAGCAAUGGAAAUUUAUAUCAACAAAAUAUGGUUGGUGAUUUACCAGCAACUUAUGGUAGUCCAAGUCCUCUUCCAAUUGCACAAUUUCAAUUCGCAAGACAAAAUGAUUGUAGUCAAAAAAAUUCAGCUUAUAAUACAUUAAAUUUUGAAAAUUCACAAUUUAGACAAGUUAAUUCUGGAAUUGUUCCAACAAUUGACAAUGAAUUGCAAUUACCAUUGAUUAAUCAAUUAGAAUUGGAGCCACAUAAUAAUAUUCCACAGACUGACAUCAAGGACAGUUAUGGUAAUCCUGCUGGUAUAACGACUGAUUUAAGGUCAGCAUCUUCAUCACAAGUUGGAGUCAGUCAUACAGCUGAGUCCUUGACUGCUGCUCUUACUGCUCAAGGUUACACUCAACAGUCAUCUGACCAGUUAGCGUCAACCAACGAAUUAAACAUUGAUCAAUUGGCACAAAUACACGAUGAACCAGCUCUUGCACUUGCACAAACUCUUGCUGCUGAAGGUGCAUCACCUGAUGGUUUUCAAAUUCAAGGUUCAAAGGGCACAUAUACCCUUCAAGUUCAACCAGCUGAGCCACAUUCCAAUGAAAAUUCAGAUGGAACAAUAAGACACGAUCGUUUAUUAUCAAAUGGCCUUCUUCAAGAUAUUCUUGCAGCAAUUGAACAACCAAAUCAUCAAGGAACACCUCAACUUAUUUCCAUUCAAGGAUCACCACAAUCACAAUCACUUCAACAAGUAAAUGAUCAAAAAAAUUAUGAAUCUCAUCAAGAUCUCACUCAAUCAGCAUCUUCUUCUGCUGUUACUUCAGAUUCUCAGAUUAAUUCUCAUAACGAUCUUCCAACUAUUCAUGAUGAUAAUAUUCAACUUUUUUUCAAUAAUAGUAAUAACAAUGACAUUCUCAAUGAUAAUAAUAAUCAUCAAAAUUUUGAAGUAUCAAACAAAGAGAUAAGAUCAACAUCAAAAAGUGAAGGCGUCGUUGGUGAAGCAACAACAACAACAACAACACAAAAACCAAGCGAAUCAGAAAAGCCGAGUCAAAAGGCUUCAUGAGUCUAAGUAGUUAUUACCGUUAUAAUUAUAAUUAAAAAAGAAAAAAAAAGUAAUAGGAAAAGAAAAAAACAAAAAAAACAAAAUAUAAUAAUUAAUAAUUUAAAACAAUACUGUAGGGAGGUUUUUUUUUUAAAUGCAAAAGAUGCUGGUUACCAAGUAAUAUAAUUCAUUUGCAGCUUGCGUCACCGGAAGUGCAAGAUAUCAUCGACUUUCACCCAUUGCGUGUAGCCCAUUUAACCGACAUUUGUCCACUGAAUCAAAGUAUUAUUAUAUAGUUCACUGAGAAACAUGCUAUUUUGUAAUUUACAAACUUGAAGAUUAUAAUAUUCAUAAUUCAAAUUUGUAUGUUUGAUUGAUCAUCAUGUCACGUCUGAUAUUCUAGUCCCAAUUUUUUAUUAUAAUUUUGCAUGUAUGUUUAUUUAUUUAUAUUUAUGUUCAAUUUAUUUUUUUUCUUUUUAUAUCCACUCAAUAAUUCAUUUGUU